CCCCCCCCCAGGCCGGUCCAGCUCCCGCGCCCGCUCCCGCGCCCGCCCCGCGCCCGCCGGCAUGCUGCGCCCGCUGCUGCUCGCCGCGCUCUGCCUGGCCGGCCGGCCGGACGCCGCCCGCGGCUGCCAGCUGCCGUCCGAGUGGAGGCCCCUGAGCGAGGGCUGCCGCGCCGAGCUGGCCGAGAUCAUCGUGUACGCCCGGGUGCUGGCGCUGCACCACGAGGUGCACGGCCCGUACAACUACCUGCCGUGGCAGUACGAGGCCGGCGACGCGGGGCUCUUCUACUCGGCCGAGAUCGAGAUGCUGUGCGACCAGGCGUGGGGCAGCAUGCUCGAGGUGCCCGCCGGCUCCAGGCUCAACCUCACGGGCCUGGGCUACUUCUCGUGUCACUCCCACACCGUGGUCCAGGACUACGCCUACUUCUUCUUCCUCAGGAUGGAUGAAAACUAUAAUCUCUUGCCUCACGGAGUCAAUUUCCAAGAUGCCAUCUUUCCAGACACUCAAGAGAACAGAAGGAUGUUUUCCAGCCUUUUCCAGUUUUCGAACUGUUCUCAAGGGCAGCAACUGGCAACUUUUUCCAGUGACUGGGAGAUCCAGGAAGACAAUAGGCUCAUGUGUUCAUCAGUACAGAAGGCUCUGUUUGAGGAGGAGGACCAUGUCAAGAAACUGCAGCAGAAGGUAGCCACCCUGGAGAAGCGUAACAAGCAGCUUCGGGAUCGGGUGAAGAAAGUCAAGAGGUCCUUGAGGCAGGCACGGAAGAAUGGUCGCCACCUGGAGCUGGUGAACCAGAAGCUCAGCGAGAAGUUAGCAGCUGCAGCAGGUGCCAUCCCACACAUUAAUGCCCUGGGGCAGGAGCCACCGGGUGCCACCUACCUGCGGGGGUAGCAGAGACUGAGUAGUGGCCUUGCCUGGCUCUGCUGAAACAUGUUGCCUCUUGCCAGGGAAUGUAAAGUGAUGAUAGGUUUUAAUGUGCACUUAGGUAAAAAAAUAUUGUGGAUGAUAUUUUUAAUAUGCAUUUGGUAGUGUCUAGCUACUUUAAGGGGCACGUCUUGCUAUUUUCUUAGUUGCUCGGCUCCUACCCUUCCCUGCUUGUAAAUCCAGAGGCAGGAUCCUGGAAUAUCAUGUGCUUGCUGAGGGCCUGUCCUCAGCUUUCAGGAGCACACAGGAAAGUGUACUUACUGUGGAAAGAAUAUUUUAGAAUCUCUAGAUGUAUAAGAAUCAAGGGGUUGAGCCUUAUUUCAGAAGAGAGGCAGUGUGAUCUCCAGCUCUGAGCUCCAGGACUACCAUUAGUUCUGAGCAGCAAGUCCUGGAACCUUCUGGUGCCUCGUCACAUUUUUCAGAAGGAGGAUGGAGGCCUUGCAAAGCACCCAAGGAUGUCUGUAAAUAAACACAUGCAUGGUGUCCCUACUCUAACCAGCAUUUCUUCACAGCUGAAGCAUAGCUCAUAACACGUAGUGCUUUGAGUUGGGGGUAGGGAGUAGCAGCAGACAAUUGAAUAAGAUGAAUUAUUCCUGAUUUCCAGCACCAGUUACCCAGAGUUAAAGUGGAUAUCUGUGGGCCACUUUAAUAUAAAGGGGAACUGCCAUUGGGGACUGGUCGUGGUUUAUCAAACCAUGUUCCUGAGCUGGAAGGAGCCUGUGCAAUAUCUCUGCCAUUGCUAAAUGCAAAUUUACGGUUUGCUCAUUAACUCAACUGCUCUGAAUUUGAGGUGAGUUGACCCAGUACACUAUUAACUUCUGUUCCGCAAAGACACCUUCUUACCUAUUGGAAUCAAGUGAUGUUGCCUCAUUCCCAUCCAGGCAUCCAAAGAUCUUGUUUCACACAGUUCUACAGAGUCUUGAUGCAAACAUUUUUCACCACUUAAUUGGGUGAAAGGCAAUGUUGUUGUCAGAGAUAAAAUAACUGUCAACAGAGAAAUGAAACCAAACUAAGUUCCCAUUUUUACAAUUACAUGAAUCUUAGGCCUCUUAAAAGUUUAUGACCAGUAUACAGGGUGGUCUUAAAAUAGUGGAUAACAACUCCAUAUAUCAACUUGAUAGAAAAUACAGUAACUAACUAGAAGUGUGAAAUAAGAGUAUAAAGGCCAGAUUGCAUACCAUACUGUAAUACAGAGUAGUAGUUUAUCAAUUGUAAUAACUCAGAAAUGCAUUAUAGUUUUUCUUUUGCAUGUCCCAUAGAACUUUUGAAUGUCUAUGGACAGACAUGCUCAUUAUGCUAAAGAUGGAAUAACAAUGUAGAAGGCUUUCAUAAUGAAAUACAAAACCCAGUUAAAAUAUGCAUCCCAGUAUUUGGAAAAUUGAUACUUCUCUUAAAAAGGACAAAAUGAAGAAAUAAUAUUAAGGUCCCUCUUUUAUAUUUUGUUAUUUUAUUUGGCCCCUCAAUGGCCAAAUUGCCUUCUGGCCAAUGAGUUAUGCAGUGAAAAUACUUGUGGCAAAGAUGCCUAUGGUGGAAAUGCCAGACACGGUUCCAGGCAUUCCAAACUCUUGCUUCUGAAUGCAAACACUUUCCAAUCCUGGGAAUAAUGUUUGCACAUGAGUCCACUUGUCAGUGUGUCAGAUUUUGUACAUGACCUCAGAGCACUUCACCCUGUUUGGAAAGAAACCUUUAAAGACGGUACUACAAGUACAAAGAGUAUCCACUAUAUAGAACAUCUGAGCCCUUAAUUUAGGUACAUUUGAUCCAGUCCCAGUUGUCAUUAAGAAGGCAGGUGAUCCUCCCACAAUUGUCUUCUGAUGGACCUCGAAAUCUACAAGUCUCUCUUCUGUGCUGUUCCAGAUGGAACCUGCAGGUUCUUCAUCGGGAAGUCUCCCCCUAGACCACCCCAGGCACUGCAGCACCUGACAGUGUUGUCCUCUCCAUUGGAAAUGGCUAUCAUACUGUCAGAUUUCCCUUCCACUGCCUUUAGGAAAACCACAUUCUUGCUCUGGCAGCUGGUUGGGAGGGUGGAUCUGUGUUACUUGGGGCUGCCGCUAAGGGGAGAUAUAAGGGGAGAUGUCUGCACUCUGAACUAGAUAGAAUGGCAGCUUUUGCUUCAUUUUCCAACAUUCUCCUGCUCCUUUAUUAGCAGCAUCCUUCAUAGUAUGGUACAAUAGUUUAUUCUUUCUGGGGCCAUUUCAUUAAAGCACUUUUGCUUCCACCCAAGGGAAUGACAAACCUAAAGGUGAUUUACAGCUAGUGCUUUGAGAACUGUGGAACCUGGAUCCCUACAGAUGCAUUAUGUUCUACCUUUUUAAUAAAUACGAGCAGUAUUUCAGCCACAA